AUGAGAGAAAUUCUGACGCUUCAAAUCGGCCAGUGUGGUAACCAGAUUGGUUCCUCGUUCUGGGAGAACAUCCUCCAGGAGCACGGCAUCAACCCCGACGGAAUCUAUGUUGGUGACAACAAGAACCAGAUUGAGCGCGCGAACGUGUACUUCACCGAGGCACGCGACAAGCGCUACGUGCCGCGCGUGGUAGCCAUCGAUCUUGAGCCUGGAGUGCUGGACACCAUCCGCAACGGCAAGUACGGCAAGCUGUUCCGGCCGGAGAGCAUGGUCUGCGCCAACAGCGGCGCCGGUAACAACUGGGCCAAGGGCUUCUACACUGAGGGCGCCGAGCUGCUCGACCAGGUGCUGGACAUUGUGCGCCACGACGUCGAGGCCUGCGACCUGCUGUCUGGAUUCCAGCUCUGCCACUCGAUUGGCGGCGGCACGGGCUCGGGCAUGGGCUCACUGAUGCUGCAGAAGAUCCGCGAGGAGUACCCCGACCGCAUGCUGUCGACGUUCACGGUGCUCCCGUCGGCCGCUGCGUCGGACACGGUCGUCGAGCCCUACAACUCGGUGCUGUCGAUCCACCACCUUAUCGAGAACUCAGACAUGACCUUCUGCCUGGACAACGAGGCGCUGACCAAGAUCUGCCUCAACUCGCUGAAGAUCAAGUCGCCGGUGCACAGUGAUCUCAACAACCUCGUGGCCAAGGUGAUGUCGGGCGUCACGACGUCGCUGCGCUUCCCCGGUCAGCUCAACGCUGAUCUGCGCAAGCUGGCUGUCAACAUGGUGCCGUUCCCGCGCCUGCACUUCCUGAUGUCGGGCAUUGCGCCGCUGACGUCCGCGCAGACGAUGAGCUACAGGCACGUCACGGUGCCGGAUCUGUGCCAGCAGAUGUACGACUCCCAGAACAUGCUGGUCAACUGCGACCCGCGCCACGGGCGGUACCUGACGUGCGCGACCAUGUUCCGUGGCCGCGUAUCGGUCAAGGAGUGUGAGGACACUAUCUGGAACUACGCCGAGAAGAACGCGAGCGCCUUCAUCGAGUGGAUUCCCAACUCGACGCAGAUCGCCGUGUGCGAUGUGCCGCCUGUCGACAUGGAUAUCUCGGCGACCUUCCUGGGCAACAACACCGCCAUCCAGGAGGCCUUCCACCGCAUCGGCUCGCAGUUCUCGAAGAUCUUCAGACGCAAGGCCUUCAUCCACUGGUACACUGACGAGGGUAUGGACGAGAUGGAGUUCACCGAGGCCGAGAGCAACAUCAACGACCUGAUCAACGAGUACCAGCAGUACCAGGAGGCGGGCGUCAAUGACGAGGACUACGCCAUGUACGAGGAUGAGGCUGGCGUUGGCCAGGAGGACGGCCACGACGACGGCCACAACGACGACGAGUACUAG